AUGGCAUCCAACCCUGGUCAGAUCUCGCCUCUUCGCGGUAUCACUCGGCACAUUACUGGCCACAAUGCCAACGGCAAAGCAGUGCUCCACUCAUCGGACUCGGGGAAGUGGGAAUCGCUGGAAGAAAGCUCCAUGGCCUUCAACGUUAUGUACACCACCUCGCAAUUCCCCGCGGACCUCAACAAUGAUGCGGACCUCAAGGCACACGAGGCGCGCUCAAAGACUAUGGGUCUAGUCAACCCCGGCGGCACCGUAUGCCGCAUUGUCGACUUCGCCCCCAAUAACUCAGCCGUCGUUCAUAGGACUCAGAGUCUGGACUAUGGCGUGGUGCUCGAAGGCCAAGUAGAAAUGAUCUUGGAAGAGGGCGAACCGACGCUUAUGCAGCGUGGUGAUGUAGCAGUGCAGCGGGCUACGAUGCACGGCUGGCGAAACCCCAGCGAAACGGAGUGGACUCGCAUGCUCUUCGUGCUGCAGGACUGCCAGAAAUUGACCGUGGCCGGCAAGGAAAUGGCCGAGGAACUGGGCAUUGCGGCCGGCAUUAUUCCUCCCAGUGGAAAUAGCUAG